AUGGAGAAAGUACGCAAGACGUUCUUCGACCCUUUGGCUACGUCAAAGGGUCGGAUAGCUGAAUUACUACAAAACUUGCCUGUUGGCUCUGCACAUCCUUUUAGCCCCGAGGGCAUAUUAUUAUGUCGAACGAAGAAUGGUAUUGAAGAGAUUGAUAUCUCGAAUUAUAGUCAGGAGUACUUUUAUAAUACUGUUGACUUAGGAGAGAUGGGAGAGAUUCUACUAAGACGGAUGAAGGGCUUUAGCAAUCAUUUGGGCGUGUUUGAUGACUUUCAGAUCAUGCAAGCUCCAGCUGCUACAUUCAAGAUCCCCAUAGUGUCAGGGCAAAUCACCAUCCUGGCAGUAUCAGAACGUACUCCUACGUACUACGACUUCUGCUUCGCAGAUCAAGACUGCAACACCUGCUGCUGGUUAGAACGAGAGACAUUUUCUGGAAUCAAGCACAGCGGCGAUCUUCUGAACCACCAGGAUCUUUUGGACUAUGUUAGGGUAGACCAGGAUAGCUUGACGCAGAAGCCUAUCUGUGUUUUUAUCUCGGGAUAUACAAAGACGCAGAUCACGAGGUUCUUGGGAACGCAUCCGGCGCUGAUGGUUGCGGAUCACGUUGACAAGAUUCUGUACAUCAUUCCUGUUCCUUUGGAUAAGGCGACUAUUGGAGAUGCUACCAUCUGCUGUCCUUUGGUUAUCAAGCGUGAUGAGGAUUCCAUCAUCUGCUCUAUUCUUCCUAAGGCGACGACGGAUAGGAACAUGAUGUGUGACAGCAAGAAGCUGGUCAGCCCUUGCUUCCCCGAAGCUAUCAACAGUGCUGACUUCACUAUCUCUGAACCUCAGCCUGCUGUUGCUGCAGAGGAGAAGAAGAGCGAGAAGGACGAAGCGGUAGAAGAUGAAGUACAGGUUUCGGACAAGAGACGUGCGAUAUUGACCACUAACUCUUCCAAUCUUCCUUCUUUCCUGGCUUCUUCUGAGUCACAAGUCAUUCGCUUCAGCACUGGUAUCGAGUUCAUUUCUUCAGACACAAACAACAUUGACCAGGACAAGUCAGCUGUUGUUCUUCCCUGCAUCUUCGGAUCACAACUUCAAGGUCCAAUGCUUCUAUCCACGGGCAGCACUCCUUCCAACGUUCCUUUCAAGGAUGAGAAGGCUCUUUGCGCUUACUACGAACAACUCGAGAGUAUAGUCGUGGUCGUUGAUGAGCGAAUGACUGACAACGCGCGAAACUUGGCUUCCGGUCUACGGAUGAAUACCUUGUUCAUCGUGCAGAUUAAGACCAAGGACAAGCAUGAGACUGAAGAGGAAGUUUCGGCGGUGUUGAGUUCGGCGAAUAUCAAUGCUGUAACGGCGCUGGCGGGACCUCAGUCUUUGAUAGUGGCUAAUAUCGGUGAGAAGUUUUACUUCUAUCGUGGUUUGGCGAAUCACAAGAUCUUGGAUACGGCCAAGUUGAACUUUGGAGCAGAUAUCACUGAGAACAUCACGUCGAACAGUGUGGAGUCGCUAUUGGCUCCAAAGAUUCCUCGACUGGUCAAUCUCACGGAUACCAACACCAUUGUUCUUCCCUACUCAGCCCAGGUUGUUCGUCCUCAGGAUUUAUCUCAAAUCUUUGAGGGUCUCAGCAUCGCCGAGAUCAUUACCAUGCACGACGACAUCACCGCCGCAGUUCCCCAACUCCAAGCCCUCCUCAGCCAGAAAGAUCUUCAACAACUCUCCAAGACCCUCGUCGACACACUCUCCUCCAAAAUCGAUAAGAAAAUGGCCCCUCUUCGAAGCGAGUACAUAGUCUUCAUCUCCAAUAACUUCGGCGCCGAUGAUCAAGCUGUUCUCACCAAGAAGAGCAAGAUGCUUGGUGAUAUGCGAAAGAUCAACAAGGAGGUCCAGACUGCUCUUGAGCCGGUCAUUACUAGCCUGGCGAAUAUGAUCUCUGUUCAGGCGACGUCGAAGAGAACGCAUGAUAUGAAGAGACUUAUGAGACAGGCGCAGAUCCAGAAUAAUGUUGAGGCGACCAAGUCAAUGACUUUUGAGAGUUUGACGGGAUUGUUGGAGAAGCAUGCUGAGGAGAUGGGGGUUAUGUUGUUGAAUAUUGAGACGGUGCCUUAUAAGCAGAUGUUGGCGAAGCUGAAGGGCACUACCAUUGAUGCCAAGCCUUGCUGUGCACUUGACGAUCGAAUUCUUCAUCUCGACGGCUUCGACGCUGGUAUCAUCAUGGAACAAUCCCAAAGCCAACACGCAGGCCCCCUCGUCAGCCAAGCCGGUCCUAACCAUCCCAUCCUCGCGCUUCCCUACCUCAGCCAACAGCGCGGCAUUGGCUCAAUGCUAGCAUGGGUAUGCUGGGAUGAAUUCGUCAAUCUCAAGAGUCCAUACACAAUCCGGUGGAUGGAGAAGUGUAACGAACCACACAUCGCCGCGCUACGAAUCAUGAUGAGGGAUACUCUCAGCCAGGCUGUUGCUUCGCGGGAGUAUAACUUUGAAGCGGGAAGUCCUGAGAUUGGUCAUUUGAUGAGUUCCUUGCUUAUGGCGGCUAUGUCGAAGCUUGCUGCGAUGAGGACGACUGCUCCUGUGGUGUUGGAUAAGGCGGAGGAUACGGUUACGAGAUUGAUGAGAGGUCUUUUUGGUAAUCUUAUGACGAUCGCUGGAUCGGGUGUGAGGCCUUUGAGUAUGGUUUGGCAGCUCUUUGGACUGAAUCCUCAGUAUGACGUUCCUGUCACGGAUGCUGAUUGGGUUUGGUAUGAGAAUGUCGUUGAGCUGUACCCUUACACCGGGUGGCCUUUGAAGCAGUUCAACGAGAAUCUUCUCAAGCUUCUUGACAAGGUUAUCGUGCGGGUCAUCACCAAGAACGAGAACGUCGCUGAGAUCAAGCAGAGUCGGGCUUAUGACAUGGUGCAGUUCUGCAAGCUUCGAAACAUCCAGCUCGAGCACUGCCGUACCAUCAUCACCGUCUUCGAGACGAUGCUCACCACAGAUGGUUUAGAUAUUCCAGCUAUCGCGGGACGUCUUCGGGAGAAAGUUCCUAGUGAGCUUGAGAAGCAGACCAAGGGAUAUACUAGAAUGAUGCGAUACAUCGAUCACCUUGCAAAGGGCGGCGCAAGACGUUCAGCGGAUGAUCUUGUCUACGGUAACGUGUACACCAAGCGCUCAGCUGCGUUAAAGGAUCUCAAGAUCGCGGUCGCUCUAGCAUGUCAAGACAAGAACUGGGAUGUCGCAAAGGAGAAUUGUCAGGCUGUUCUUGACUUGCAUAAGGAGAUUGCUGCUAAGUGGCAGAUCCAGCCUGAGCAGCUCAAGGUGCAGAACAUUCAGUACUACCGCGAACUCAUUGAUGCAGAUGUUUCAGAAGACGCUGAACAAACCGUCAAGAACCGCACGAGAAAGAUCGUUGGGCGAAUCAUGGAUGAUGCUGAGAAGAAACGUAUUCCAUGGCAAGUUGGUAACGACGCGGCCAAGAAUAACGUUGAACCUCUUGAUGAGCAGUUCCUCGAGCAAGUCCUCACUGGAAUACGCUCUGAAGCUGAGACAAAGGCUGUAGUCGAAGUUUCCAAGGAGGAAACUGUUGAGGAUGUCGGCUUUUCAGCGUUCAAGUCUUCUUUGGCGCCCAAGUUUGUAUCUGCGAUGGAAGAGGCGCUCUCAGCAGAGGAUGUCUGCACGAUAGCCAAGAUUCCUGAGUCUUCGAUGAGGGUGUUUAUCAAGGCACUCAACCCUGGGUUUGAGUGGGAUGAUUUGGCGCAGCAGUUCAAGAUUGUGAUACUGAGUUUGUUGCGGGAACGUUCGGGGCGGAUCGAGAGCAGACCUGCUGCUAGGAUGUUGAGAUUACGAUGA